AGCCGAGUACUCAGCCCGCCUCCCCGCCGCGCCCGGACCCGCGCCGCGCCCCGCUCCCCGCGUCGGCGCCGUCCUCCCGCCUCCUCCUUCUCCAGAAAAAGUCGCCAUUUUGGUUCACUGCCUUCGCCCCCCCGCGGUCGGCGCUUCCGGGCCCAGGCUGCAGCCCGUGUCCGGCCUCAGGUGACAGAGAUGACUGAACCCUUCUGUGUUGGAGGAGGCCGCCGGCUUCAAGGGUCCAGCAAAAGUGGAUCUGGAAAGGCUGGCAGCCGCAAGGAUGUCCAGCUUCCCAUGUUGCAGGAUCCACCAAAGCUGGGAAUGCCAGUGGUUCACAGUGGUCAUACAGUGCCUAGCCAGGCCUCACUCUGCUUUGACCCUGGAAACCCAGCCAGUGACAGGACAGAAGGGAAGAAAAAAGGGAGGCCGAAAGCUGAGAAUCAAGCUCUGCGAGAUAUUCCUUUCUCCCUGAUGAAUCAGUGGAAAGAUGAAUUCAAGGCACAUUCAAGGGUGAAGUGUCCAAACUCAGGGUGCUGGCUAGAGUUCCCCAGCAUCUACGGGCUCAAGUACCACUAUCAGCGGUGCCAAGGGGUAAGGGGCUGCGGGUCGGGGAAGAGGAGGCCUGGGAGUGCAUCUGGGCAGAGGCCCCCGGGGCCCCAUCCCACACCUGCCCUCCCUGCCCAGGGCGCUAUCUCAGAUAGGCUGGCCUUCCCUUGCCCCUUCUGCGAGGCCGCAUUCACCUCCAAGACCCAGCUGGAGAAGCACCGGAUUUGGAAUCACAUGGAACAUCCUCUGCCUACCCCUAAGCCUGGCCCUGUCAGCCGGCCGGUCACCAUCAACCGGCCUGUUGGGGUCAGCAAGCCCAUCGGAGUGAGCAAACCUGUUACUGUUGGCAAACCAGUGGGAGUCAGCAAACCCAUUGGCAUCAGUAAGCCAGUCACAGUCAGCAGGCCUAUGCCAGUCACUAAGCCUGUCACAGUCAGUAGGCCCAUGACAGUUUCUAGACCUGUGCCAGUCUCCAAGCCCAUCCCAAUCACCAAACCUGUGCCACUCACCAAACACAUGCCGGUUACCAAGCUAGUGACAGUUACAAAACCUGUGCCACUCACCAAGCCAGUACCAGUGAGCAGGCCCAUUGUGGUCAGCAAGCCAGUGCCGGUCAACAGGCCCAUUGCCAUCACCAGACACACACCACCCUGCAAAAUGGUAUUGCUGACUAAAUCUGAGAACAAAACACCUCGUGCUACAGGCAAGAACAGCAAUAAGAAAAGGGCUGCAGACAGUUUGGACACCUGCCCCAUCCUACCCAAGCAGGCAAGGACAGAGAAUGGAGAGUAUAGCCCAUCCACCAUGGGCCAGAGUAUGACUUUCCAGCUGGGUACAGAUCCCAGCAAUAGCUCCCUACUGCCAGGAAGCAGGCCCUUGAUGGGCAAAGAGGCACUGCGGCCUGCAGACCCAGCAUCCCCGCCAGAAGAGGACCCCGAGCGCACAAAACACAGAAGGAAACAGAAAACACCCAAGAAGUUCACAGGGGAGCAACCAUCUAUCUCAGGGACCUUUGGGCUCAAAGGCCUGGCCAAAGCUGAAGACAAGGCCCGAGUUCAUCGCUCCAAGAAACAAGAAGGAUCAGUCUCCGAGGAAGUGAGGAAGAAGGUGCUGGCCACCCCUGUCACUGUCAGCAAGGAGGCAUCAGCUCCUGUGGCCCACCCAGCCCCAGGUGGGGGCUGCUUGGCAGGACCCAGGACAGGUCUCCAUGGUGGCCUUGAGGAGCAGUGGCAGCGAGCCAUCCAUGAACGGGGCGAGGCUGUCUGCCCCACCUGCAAUGUGGUUACCCGGAAGACUCUCGUGGGGCUCAAAAAGCAUAUGGAAGUAUGUCAUAAGUUGCAGGAAGCACUGAAGUGCCAGCACUGCCGGAAACAGUUCAAGUCCAAGGCUGGCCUGAACUACCAUACCAUGGCCGAACACAGUGCCAAGCCCACUGAUGCUGAGGCCUCUGAGGGGGGAGAGCAGGAGGAGCGAGAAAGGCUUCGAAAGGUGCUGAAGCAGAUGGGACGGCUGCGCUGCCCCCAAGAGGGCUGUGGAGCCGCCUUCUCCAGCCUCAUGGGUUAUCAGUACCACCAGCGGCGCUGUGGGAAGCCACCAUGUGAGGUAGACAGUCCCUCCUUCCCCUGUACCCACUGUGGCAAGACUUACCGAUCCAAAGCUGGCCAUGACUACCAUGUGCGUUCAGAGCACACAGCCCCGCCCCCCGAGGAGCCCACAGACAAGAUCCCUGAGGCUGAGGACCUGCUUGGAGUAGAACGGACCCCAAGUGGUCGCAUCCGUCGCACAUCGGCCCAGGUUGCUGUGUUCCAUCUACAGGAGAUUGCAGAGGAUGAACUGGCCCGUGACUGGACCAAACGGCGCAUGAAGGAUGACCUCGUGCCUGAGACUGCAAGGCUCAACUACACUCGGCCAGGCCUCCCUACACUUAAUCCCCAGCUCCUGGAGGCAUGGAAGAAUGAAGUCAAGGAGAAAGGCCAUGUGAACUGUCCCAAUGAUUGCUGUGAAGCCAUCUACUCCAGUGUGUCCGGCCUCAAGGCCCAUCUUGCCAGCUGCAGCAAGGGGGACCACCUGGUGGGGAAGUACCACUGCCUGCUGUGUCCCAAAGAGUUCAGCUCUGAGAGCGGUGUCAAGUACCACAUCCUUAAGACCCAUGCAGAGAAUUGGUUCCGAACCUCAGCUGAUCCACCUCCCAAACACAAGAACCAGGACUCCUUGAUGCCUAGGAAAGAGAAGAAGAAAAAUCUGUCAGGAGGAAAGAAGCGAGGCCGCAAACCCAAGGAACGGUCCUCUGAGGAGCCAGCAUCUAAGCUGCCACCUAACAGGGAUGACUGGCCCCCAGGAGGCAGAGACAGGGGGGCCCGAAGCUCCACUGGGAAGAAGGCUGGAGCUGGGAAGGCACCUGAAAAGUGAGCCUAAUGGGCAGGGCCUAGCCACCAUGCCCAGCUUUGCAGAGAUUAGGGGAACCAGUUCCAGACUUGUCCUCCACCUACACACACACACACACACACACACACACACACACUCACACAC